AAGUCAGGAAACGGCGCCAUUAGGAGGAAAGUCGAGAUAUUCUCAUCGCCGUCGGUGAUACACCCUCUGUGAGCAAAACUGUAGGUUUUGAGGUUUCUCAACCAAGAAACCCUAAAUCGGUCGUCAUGGAAAUUCCCAGCGAUUUCGAUAGGGCUGUUUUCUUCGAGCACGCACGCGAAACCGCCGAAGCUGCAUACGUCGUGAACCCUUUAGACGCCGAGAAUUUAACAAGAUGGGGAGGGGCUCUGCUGGAGCUGUCUCAAUUUCAGACUCUUCCAGAUUCAAAGAAGAUGCUUUUAGAUGCAAUUUCAAAGCUGGAGGAGGCCUUGAUGGUUAAUCCCAAAAAGCAUGACACUCUUUGGUGCCUAGGAAAUGCAAAUAUUUCUUAUGGAUUUUUGAGUCCUGAUCAGGGUGAAGCUGGUGGUUAUUUUGAGAAGGCAUCUGGCUACUUUCAGCAAGCAGCUGAUGAGGAUCCUGGGAAUGAGCUUUACUUGAAGGCGUUGGAAAUGGGUGCUAGGGCUCCAGAAUUACACACAGAACUUCAUAAGCAUGGAUUAGGUCAACAGACAAUGGAUACUGGACCUUCUACUUCAUCUAGUGCAAAGAAAACAAAGAACAGCAAAGGCAGUGAUCUCAAGUACGACAUAUUUGGAUGGAUAAUUCUUGCUGUUGGCAUUGUUGCAUGGGUGGGAUUUGCAAAGUCCCAUUUGCCUCCACCUCCACCUCCACAAUGAGCAUCAUGAAAUAUUUAGUAUAUUUCUAUGCCACUUUGAGAGAUAGAUUGGUAUUGAUUCGAGAUUUAGGUGAUGUGUAAGCAAGAAACCAUGCAUUUUCUAGCAUUGAUUAGUGAAUUUUUCACUCUAUAGUUCUUUACAAUGUUUGGAAAUGAUCUACUUUCUGCAGAUAUAUACACCGUUCCUCUUAUUUCUAUGAUAGGAAUGGAGAGUGAUCUCUUUAUAUAUAA